AUGGGUGGUGAUCUCAACCUGAAGAAGUCAUGGCACCCGUCGCUGCUGCGCAACCAAGAGCGCGUAUGGUCGGAAGAACAGAAGGCUCUGGAGGAGCGCAAAAGAAUUGAACAACUCCGCCGUGAGCGUGAAGAAGAGCGACAAAUCCAAGAAUUGCAGCGCCUCCAAGAGGCAUCCGGCAAACAGAAGACGCAGAACCGCGUCGACUGGAUGUACCAGGCGCCUUCGGGCGCGACAGGUCAAUACUCCGAGGAAAUGGAAGGGUACCUGCUUGGAAAGCGCCGUAUCGAUGGAAUUUUGUUGAAGAAGGAUACCGACAACCAAAAGUUGGAGAAGGGCGCAGAUCUAGUUGGUGCGAAUGCGGCUGCUGCUGCGGCAGCGGGGCCAUCCAUCGGCUCGGCGCGUGACACUAUGGCGAAAGUUAUGGCCGAUCCGCUUUUCGAGGUCAGGAAAAGGGAGCAGGCGGCCCAUGAGGCCAUGGUCAAAGAGGCUAUGAAGCGGAAGGAGAGGGAGGAGAGGCGGGGUGGGGAUCGGAAACGUGACCACGAGAGAGAGCGGAGACAUCGAAAUCAUGAUUCGAAGCGCAGAGAGUACAGUGGCGAGGCGGAAGAUGGGUCGAGACACCAAUCCCAUCGCUCGUCGCAUCGGCGUCGGUCCAGAUCUCCUGCUGGUGAGGAGAGAUCCUCGCGCAGACAUCGCAGCGAGAGGGACCGUGAUGACCGGGAUCGGAGGGAUGAUAGAGAUCGUGACCGAAAUCAAAGAGAUGAUAAGGAUCGUCGAGGUGAAGAGGGUCGAUCUCGCCGUGAUGACCGCGACCGCCGUGACAACCGAGAAAGAAAAGAUUCAUACUCCAGCCGUCGAUAUGACCGAGAUGACAGGCGGGAUCGUGAUCGAAAGCCGGAUAACGAUAGUGACCGCACCAGGUCUCCACGACGCUCCUCUCCCCGUCGACGCAGUCCCUCCCCUCACCGACGCAGUCCCUCCCCUCACCGACGCAGUCCCUCCCCUCACCGACGCAGUCCUUCACCACGGCCGGCCCAAAACCGCAAUGGUCGCUCCAAUGAUCAAGAUAACCGUCGGGACUACGCUCGACGCGUUGACAACAACUUGAGCAACCGACGCGAGAACUUCGGUCGACCGCCUCGUCCUGCACAGCCUAAGUCUGACCCCAAAGCACUGGAGGAAGAACGUGCUCGCAAGCUAGCAGAGAUGCAGUCCAAUGCAUCUGAAUUGGAAUCGAAUCGGCACCAACGCAUCGCCGAUAUCACCCAGAAGGAGGAGACUCUUAAGGAAGCCGAUGACCGUCAGCGAUCAGACCGUGGUGCAUUCAUGUCCCAGGUACACAAGCGUGUGCAAGAGGAUAGUCUUGACGAGCGGAUUCGGCGUAGUCGUGGCGGCCUAUCGAAAAUGGAUGAGGUGUAA